CUCUCUCUUUCUCUCUCUGCCCACAAAGAAAAAACGACAUCGUGUUGUCGUAAAGAAAAAAAAAAAAAAAAUAGAGGAAAAUAAAAUAAGUACUUGUCUCGGUCCACCGUUUUCUUCUCUUUUGUCCUCUCUCUCUCUCUCUCUCUCUCUCUCUACUCUCCGCCUUCACAGUUCUGUCACCCACCACCACCACCACAGUCUACCCCAACUCUCCUCCGGUGGCCAAAUUCCGUCCAUCUUACCGGAGCUAGGAGCUAGCCCCCUAGGCUUGGCACCACAUUGAAAAACUAAGGAAUGUGCUGGAGAUAUUAACUUAAAGCUAAUUUGGAUGGAGUGCGUGGUUCAGGGAAUUAUAGAGACACAGCAUGUUGAGGCCCUCGAAAUUCUUCUUCAGGGUCUUUGUGGUGUUCUUAAAGAACGCUUGAGGAUCCAUGAAAUAUGCCUUAAAAGUGGCCCAAACCUUGGGGCUGUAGCUUCAGAGGUUCGACUCUUAUGCGAUCUUGAGCAGCCUGAACCCACAUGGACCGUUAGACAUAUAGGAGGUGCAAUGAGGGGUGCAGGUGCUGAGCAAAUUUCAGUUCUAGUAAGGACCAUGGUGGAAAGCAAAGUCAGCAAGAAUGUGCUCCGCUUAUUUUAUGCACUAGGCUACAAGUUAGACCAUGAGCUGCUAAGAGUGGGAUUUGCCUUCCAUUUCCAAAGGGGUGCUCAAAUCACUGUUACUGUGUCCUCAGUUAAUAAGAUGCUGAAACUACAUGCAACUGAUGAGGCUGUGCCUGUAACUCCGGGAAUACAGGUGGUUGAAGUGACAGCCCCCGCAUCUGCUGAAAAUUAUACUGAAGUUGUUUCUGCAGUGUCAUCUUUCUGCGAAUAUCUUGCACCGCUCCUGCAUUUGUCAAAACCGGGAAUUUCAACAGGAGUUGUUCCAACUGCUGCUGCUGCUGCUGCAUCUCUUAUGUCAGAUGGUGGGGGUACAACCUUAUAGUGGGGUUGUAAAUUACAAGAGUUGAAAGUUAUGUAUUUAUGAUGAAUUUGCUGGCGAAACUGUAAAAGUUGGUAGUAUUUUCGUAACUAUAUGAAGCCUUUGUAGGGUCUUUGUUUAGAAAUGAGAGUUGUAAAAUUUAAAUGCUUUUUUUGAGGCUUCUGCUAAUCAACUUGAAAAGAUUGAAUUCUUUACUUUGGUAGUUAAAUUGACUUCAGUAGUCCAUUUCUUUAUCAUUUCCCACAGAUGGAAGAAUUUGAAAGGAAAGUUUUUAUUAGGUAUCCAAAACCUUCAUUCAAGAAUGACUUCAUGCGGCCACAACUGAGAACAGAGUGUACUUUACAUGUCCUAUUCUAUUGGCAUUCUCAAGGACCAGGUUUUUUGUACUGAUCUAUAGUUGAGUUUAAUUGGAAAACUAACGCACAAUAAUGAAUGGAUUGUUCUUAAGUUUUGUCCUUAUAAA